UUUGUUUUGCAUUGCCCGGUGCCUGGGGUGGGUAGACAUUCAUCAAUGAAAUUGUCUCAAAAAAUACCAACUCCGCCCAAGCUGGUCACCGAGGAAUGUAAAAUGAAGUAGCUCAGUGUACCUCAUUCCUCGGGUUUCCAGCGUCAUGUGAAAGGGACGCGUAGUGUUAUCUGGUUCUCUCUGGUCCGGACCCUCCCCCGCCGAGCUCACUCAGCGGCCGAGCUCUCUCUUCGGCGGUCUGUGUAUGGGGAGAGCGACCGCUCUCUGUGGUCGUUCAGCGAGGAUAGUAUCAUUCCUUUCCGCGGUCCCUUGUUUGUCCGGCUGCACACUCCAACCUGCGGCGGAGCGGAGGAUGAGCGACCAAGGAAAGGGCUCGACAUCCACUCCAGCCGGAGCCCCAGCUCCGGGGUCGGAUACCUACAAAGGCUGGCUUUUUAAAUGGACAAACUAUUUGAAAGGGUAUCAACGCCGAUGGUUCGUCCUGAGCAAUGGCCUUCUGUCGUAUUACAGGACUCAAGCAGAGAUGGCCCAUACGUGUCGUGGCACCAUCAACCUGGCCACGGCCCACAUCGACACAGAGGAUGCCUGUAACAUUGUCCUGAGCAGCGGCGGCCGCACCUACCACCUGAAGGCCAGCACCGAGGUGGAGCGCCAGAGAUGGGUCACGGCGCUGGAGCUGGCUAAGGCCAAAGCCAUACGCAUGAUGAACGACCAGUCUGAUGACUCUGGGGACGAGGAGCCCACAACCCAGUCAGACCGCAGUGAGGGUAUCCAGGGCACUCUGAAGACCCUAAUCAGCAAGCUUGAUGACCUCAGCACUUGUAAUGACCUCAUCGCCAAGCAUGGGGCAGCCCUGCAGCGCUCUCUGAGUGAACUCGAGGCCCUGAGAGUCCCCAUUGAGGGAGGCGAGAAGAUCAAGGGUGUCAACGAGCGAGCCACCCUCUUCCGCAUCACUUCAAAUGCUAUGAUCAAUGCGUGUCGGGACUUCCUGGACCUAGCAGAAAUCCACAGCCGGAGAUGGCAGAGGGCUCUACAGUAUGAGAGGGAACAGCGCAUCCACCUGGAGGAGACCAUUGAGCAGCUAGCCAAGCAACACAACAGUCUGGAGAGAGCUUGGAGAGAGGCCCCCACACUCUCUGCCCACACGCCCAGCGCCCCCACUACUGAAAAAGGGGGGAGUGAGAGGCUGCAGAAAGGGGAGGCAAGUGAUGAAGAUGAGGAUACAGAAUAUUUUGACGCCAUGGAGGACUCCCCUGCUUUUAUCACAGUGACUGCCACUGAGAACACACAGCACAGGCGUUCUCAGAGUAACCUGAGUGGAGCGAGUGGAGGCCCGGCCAAUGACUGGAGUCAAGACAAUGUGUCACCUGGCUGUAAUGAAUCAGGGAAGUCUCUGCAACCCCUUAGAAGGAGGCGCAGCCGCAUCCCAGACAAGCCCAACUACUCCCUCAACCUGUGGAGCAUCAUGAAGAACUGCAUUGGCAAAGAGCUGUCCAAGAUACCCAUGCCUGUGAACUUCAACGAGCCCCUGUCCAUGCUCCAGCGGCUGACCGAGGACCUGGAGUACCACGAGCUGCUGGACCGGGCGGCGCGCUGCGACAACUCUUUGGAGCAGCUGUGCCUGGUGGCGGCCUUCUCCGUGUCCUCCUACUCCACCACCGUCCACCGCACGGCCAAGCCCUUCAACCCCCUGCUGGGGGAGACCUACGAGCUCGACCGCCUGGAGGAAUUUGGCUACCGUUCGCUGUGUGAGCAGGUUAGCCAUCACCCCCCAGCUGCAGCGCACCAUGUGGUUUCUCAGCGAGGCUGGACCCUCUGGCAGGAAAUCACCAUCGCCAGCAAGUUCCGCGGCAAAUACCUCUCCAUUAUGCCUCUGGGUGCCAUUCACCUGGAAUUCCACUCCACCGGUAACCAUUAUGUGUGGAGGAAGGUGACCUCCACUGUGCACAACAUCAUCGUGGGUAAACUGUGGAUUGACCAGUCAGGGGACAUUGAGAUAGUCAACCACAGGACCAAGGAGACGUGCCAGCUCAAGUUCUCCCCAUACAGCUAUUUCUCCAGAGAAGUCCCGCGCAAGGUGACGGGGGUGGUGUCGGACAGUGAGGGGCGGGCCCACUACAUCCUGUCUGGCACAUGGGACGAUAAGAUUGAGAGCUCCAAGAUUGUCCAGAGCACCAAAGGGGGCAGUGGUUCUGAGGGCAAGCAGAAGACAGUCUACCAGACCCUGUCCCCCAAACUACUUUGGAAGAAAUACCCUCUCCCGGAGAACGCUGAAAACAUGUAUUUCUUCUCGUCGCUGGCACUGACGCUGAAUGAGCCAGAGGACGGGGUGGGGCUGACUGACAGCCGGCUGAGACCGGAUCAGAGGCUGAUGGAGGAGGGGAAAUGGGACGAGGCCAACUCUGAAAAACAGAGACUAGAGGAGAAACAGAGAGCUGUGAGGAGGAGGAGGGAGGCAGAGGCCACCGACGCACUGGAUGAAGAGUGUGAUUAUGACUCGGGUCGGGAGUACGAGGGCUACCAGCCACAGUGGUUCCACAAGAGGACAAAUGGCAUCACUGGAGAGACAAACUUUGUGUACAAGGGUGGAUACUGGGAGGCUAAGGACAGCCAGGACUGGAGUAUGUGCAGUGAAAUCUUCUAAGCCUCAAUCAUACACUCCAAACCCUCUCUGGACACACCCAGGCCCAGAGAAGUGCUCUGCCACUGGCCUUGGGGGAACAGGGUCCUGGGUCUGGGUGGACAUCUGUGUGGAUGGGAAAGUGUCUGUCUCACACGCUGACAACACAGUGUAACUCCCCAUGUACACACAUUUUAUACAGUAAAAGGGGAGAAGGGGCCUUCUCUAGAUCCUCCCUGACUUAACAUUGUGUUAUAUUGGUGGUUGUGUGUGGGUGGGAUUAACAACAUAAAUAAUAGAUUUCCAAAAGAAUCAGGUGUUCCACACACACACACACACACACACACACUACCCACCCUACUCUUUUUAGGGGGCGUUGUGGUUGAACAGCAACCCAUCUAUUGUCAUCUCAGUAGUUUCUCUUUUACGCUGUGUACUGGGUUGGAAUUAAGUCAUCCAUGGACUUGAACUCAUCCAUAGACUCAGACUCAUCCACAGACUCAUCCACAAACUCGUCCACAGACUAAGACUCGUCUUCAGACACGUCCACAGACUCAGACUUAUCCACAGACUAAGACUCGUCCUCAGACUCGUCCACAGACUCAGACUCAUGCACAGACAGACUCAUGCACAGACUCAUGCACAGACUCAGACUCGUCCACAGACUCAGACUCAUCCACUCACUCAGACUCAUCCACAGAUUCCAAAGCUUGUAUUGGUCUUUGAGUGCCUGCCAGGGAAAGAACUAAAAAGCUUAGUUUUUUUCUCCUUUGCAGGAGGAGCCAGGGUUAGACUCACAUAUAAUCAUAUUAGAUGUUCAUCGACUUGGUCCUAAUGAUGUGCAGUAGCUACAGCGACUCAAUCACAGUCACACAACCGAAAUCAGCUGGCCACUCAAAUCUUGUCAUGCACACAGUUGAGAUCAAACAGCCUGUUAGGAGGUGCUGUCAGAGUGAGGUCAGGCAGUCAUUACUUAUCUAAUUAUCCUCACAAUCAGACUGGCUAUAUUGUCAUAUUUUCCAAAUUCAGUGUGACCCAACCACUAAUGGAUUGUGUAUCUAAGAGGGCAACCAGGCACUUUUCUCUGUUGGUGUCCACAGCUUAAUCCAUUUUUGUGUUCUGAUGUUGUGGAGAUUCUAGCUUGUGCCCCAUACAUCCCCUUCAGUCCUCUGCUGCUUUACCUUAGAAAGACAUACAGUGCCCUCCAGAAUUAUUGGAACCCUUGGUAAAGAUUAGCAAAACAUUGAAUUAUCUAUCAGCAUGAUCAUUAACAAAAUCACUUUUAGAAUUUAACCUUUAACUGAGUGAAAAACAUUUCUCAAAAAUAUUUUGCCACCCUUAAGCAUUUUUAUGAAUCAAAUCUAAUAGAAGUAUCUUCCAAUCAAUUGAUUUAUUUUUUUGUGAUCUAUGUUAUUAAAAACUCUUAAGUGGCCAUCCAUAACUAUUUUACUGGGGUAUAAAUAUGAGAUGACAUGCAUGCCAAACUCCCUUAGUCAUGUAUCAACAUGGGGAAGGUGAGAAAACAAACGGAAACAAGAUCUAUGACCUUCACACAUUAGGAGGUGGCCUGAAAAUGCCCAUCUCCACUAUCAGGGCAAUCAUUUAAACAUUUAAUUUAAUGAAAAGGUUGUAAACAUGCCUACAAAAGAAUUCUAAUGUAUUUUGCCCCAACGCAUAGUCAGGAGGAUGGUUCUCAAAGAAUCCUAACUUGUGGAAUUCUUCAGCUGUGAUCUUUGGAGAGUUUUUACCUCUUGAAACAUCCUCCUUAUCAGGCAAGCUCCAGUUGAUUUAAUCUUCAUAAUUAUUCUUCUGAUACUGGCAAUAUUUUGUUUUUGUUUCAGAUCAUGCUGAUGAAUACCUUUUUUUGCUAAUCAUUACCAAGGGGUCCAAUAAUUUUCUAGGGCACCGUACAUGUCCACAACUUUGUAAUUUAAAGGUGCAAUCCAGUCAUAUUAUCACCUAUCUAAAAUGUUGUUCCAGUUGAAAAGUCCCACAUUGAAAAUAUAUAUUUGGUUUAGAGGACAAAGUAAGAAUGACAUCUGAUUCUAUUAAAAGAAAAAAAGCAGUACAUCAGCAGCCCGAAAUGACCUGCUGCACACCUGAACAUCAUUUUGAUUGGAAUUGUGAUUUGUGAUGUCAGAGACAGGGUGAGAUUAAAUGAUGUGAUUUUGAAGGAUCUCGGCAGUUUCAAUGGGGGGGUCAUGUGAUUGGAGUGCACCCUAAAAUAAAUAUAACAUAUAUUGAGGCUAGAACCCCGCAAAAUAAUGACUUACCGCUAAAACACUUUAAUCAUCCCACAUUUUAAUAUCAGACAUACAGUAAAUAUUCCCCUGUUUAAAUGUUGUUCUACUGUAUAUGACAGACCUGUAGUUUAAUUCAGAAUUUUCUAAUGUUUCCAGAGGCUCUUGGUGUCUACUGACAGUAUGUAGCAUCUUUCCACACAGAUAUACAGUAGCAUGCUCUUCGGGCCUCUCAUAGCACAUCACUGCAGCAAACUCCAGCCAGGGAGGGCUGUUAGUGUGAACACUGACCCAGGUGCACCUGAUCUUAAACCUAAACCUAACUCCCAGUGUUGAAGAGCAGUGGACAAGCUGAUCUGGGAUCAGCUGGUGACGGCACUGUCAGUCUUUUGCCUUUAAGAACUGAAUGAGGCAACGAUAGGCACUAGAUGUCUUCGGUAAGAAGGUUCUUGACAAAGUGUUACUAUAUUUUGUAAUUACUGUUAGUAAUGUAGAAUUUGGGCUGGAAGUAUUGUACCCACUUUCUGGCCUUUUGUGUGAAUUAUUUUGUGAUAACAAAAUAAUAAGACAAUAAUAUGAUUAUAAAACAAAGAGUUAUAACAAUCUGAAUAAUAAGUAAUGUGUAUAGAUAGAUUUAAUGAACAUUUCCUGUAAAUGUACCUUUUAAUCCAAAUUGAUCCAACCAGUUAUAGUUAAUUCUGACUAGUUACCCACAGUUUGGUUGCAGAUUUGUUUUAUAUUAAGAGUUACAGACUGAAAAUAAUUUUUCUAUAAAAUAAUUGAUACUGGCUUAUUGUUUACUUGGUUGAGAUUUGCAGUUCACAAACAGCUGCAUCUGGCAGUGCCUCUGGUGUGUCCAUUAUGUUUCUGAGGUCUGUUGUUACAGGGAUCUGAUGUGCUCUGGAGGACUGUGUAAGCCAAACAGUACAUCAUCCUCAACCCAACAUAUGGUGCGGGAGGUGUUGUUUGGGGUGAUUUGAGAUAAACAUACAAUAGUAGCUAGAAAGUUGGGGUGAAUGUAAUGUUAACCAGAAAAAUGUGAACAUUUCAACUGUGAGAUGAUCAUUUUCCCAUGUCUUUUUCUUGCUUUCAACAGUUUUUCAGUUCACCUCACGAAAACCCUCCUCCACUUGGAGCCUAUAAUGUAAUGGAGUGGCUGUUAAUCCAACCUUUUCAGGAUCUUUAGUCCACCAGACUGAAAGAUCUGAAGCUUGCCAAAGCUUCUACGCAUGUGCGGAUCAUGUUCUGUGCAUAUUUAUUUUCUACAUGUAGAGAAUAGGCUACAUGCGUAUGGUGCUUGUUUAAUGAAGUUAGAUCAAACUUGAAUAAAUGUCUGCAAGAUCAAAAUGAUCACAGUAUUCUAUAAAGAUUGAAAGGGGCUUCUACAAACACAUUCUGACCAGGCACUUAUAUUAUUUAAAUGCGCCUACUGCUGCAAAUCCCCUAUUUCAAAGAAAUUCCUUCCCUAGAUGGAACUUUCCUUUUAGGUUUCUCAUAUUCAAUUUGGAUGGGAACGUUUUGGUACCACCUAGAUGAGAGUAAUAACAAUAAAAAACUACCUGUUAAGAGAAGAUCCAUUUGUUAAGGAUUAAAAAAUGUUUAGACUCUUGCCGUUUGAAUAAUUGAAAUUCUAGACUAUGUUCAUAUUUGGACAGGCAUACAGAUUUGGGGUGGCCCAAUUAACUUAGGAGAAACGGUUAUUUUAAAGACAUAGAGAAUUGUCCCGAACAUAACUACAUGUGAUACAACUAUGUUUUAUUAUUCUUUACUUGGAAAACACAUUUUCAGUUGCAGCAACAGUCUCUAAACAUUUUACUAGUUAUAUUUUCUCUCACUUUUGUUGAGACCAUACAUUUUUUUUUUCCUUUGGCUAUGCAUAGUUGCAGUUAGUAACCUUGUCCAUCAUAAUUCCAUUGCUAAUGUCUUGAGUACCUUUUGACUAUGACGAGAUCGGCACUCCCCUAACCCAAACAUUAUCAAAUAGCCUUCUUCUCUUUGGUAAUGAGUUCAGCAAGCUAGCUAAUGCAUUAUCUAAAUCGCAACUGCAUAUCUGCCAUAGAAUAUACAUUAUUUUAUAUGGAUAUCCUUUAAUGAAGCCUAUAGGGAGUUAUGCAUGCCUCCUGUGCUCCUGGUGAGUCAUCUAUGUAGGAUGAAUGGAUGUUUUUAAAAAAUUUAAUGAUGCUACAUUUAUUUUUGUCAAAUCCAUUCUUCUUGGGGCAAGGUGAACUGGAUUAUAAAAUACAAUCAUAUAGUUUUACCUUUUAUGACAUUGACAUGUAUACAUAUAAAUACUGAAUAGCCAAAACCUACCUGUCAGUCACAACACAUGAUAACGAAGGUGGUGUAAUUGAUGAACAAACAUGGCCGAUGCCGGUUUAUGGUAAGCUUGAAAACCAGCCCUAAAAGCAACUUUUUAAAAACAGAAUGCACCUUCCAGUUAAAAUCUGAGCAUUUUCUCACUAUUUGUUUGCUUCCAGUUUAUCCAUUUUUACACAUUAACUGACCCAAAGGCACUUAUACAUUAAUCACAUGAAACGAGCACACGUAUAGUUGUCUAUAGUAGCCUGCUGACCUCAUUGACAAGAACAGCAUAUUAUUAGUGGAACUUAUUAAACAUGUCACAAGGUUCCCCAAAUUGAACUCCCACAGACAUACACAAAAAUUACACAGCAGUUUUGUUUUGCAAUAUCGUAAAUGUGUUAUUGUAUAUUAUGAACUGGGUGCUUCGAAUCCUGAACGCUGGUUGGCGGAAAGCUGUGGUAUAUGAGAUGUUAUGAUAUGUUAUAAUGUUGUUGGUAUCGGGUUUAUAAUAGCAAUAAGCCCAUAUCUUGGGGUUUGUGGUAUAUUGCAGAUAUACACUCCCUUGUGCUUUAUUGCUUAACUGUAAUUUAGCGUCAUGUACAGUACUACUGUAUGAGAAACCUGGUAUUGAAACGUGGCAAAGAAAAUAUAUGAUCAGCAGUGCAAUUCUGCUUUCUCUAUGAUCAACUUUGGUAUAACUUGAUUUAAAGUAUUGAGUUUGAAACAUUGUUUUUCUUUAUGUAUAGAUAAUGAUGAUUUAAACACAUAAUUCCAAAUGACGUGACCUCAAAGUGGGUUUUGGGUGAUGAACCAGUGGCAUGAGUACAAAGCAAUAACCAACUUUUAGAUGGCUUAUUAUUCAUGGCACGUUUUGGGGUAAAGGGGUUGGUAAUACUUGUGCCAAAAGAGAAAACUAAACCAAAGUGUCUGAGCAGAAUGUACUGUAGCCUAACAUAUAUACCUUCCUAAUUGAAGUCUGUUGGUCUUAUUUUCUCAUCGCCCAACAAUAAAAUUCAAUAUGGUUUGAUUUAGCUUUAUCUAUGCUUUGUUUUUGUUAAAUAUUUUUUUCUCAUGGGUGCCAUUUUCUUUUAUUUACACAUUGGACUGUUAUGAGAUGUGUAUCUAAGAUAUAAAUGUGUCUUUUGUGUGGUGCUCUGAGGCAGCAGUACAGUAAUGACGACAGGGAGAGACCUCAUCGUACCUCGUCUGAGUUAGAAUCUGAUGUUCUCUUUGGCCUUAUUCUAAUAUAGUGAGCGCCCAUUUGACCCAUAUCACUAGUGAAGCCUGGUACUGAAGGGGUGUGUGGAAGAAGAGAGGUGAGCAGGGUUCUGCCUUUACUAUACUUCAACCUCACCUUCACAAAUUCAUAUCACACACUCAUAUGCGGUCUCACAAAUGCAUCUGUAUUCAGGUGUAAUCACACCAUUUCCAGAUUGGGUGGGUCAGCUUUUUUCAUUUUUUUUUUCCACAUUUAAUUUAUUUAACAUUGUCCACAAAAGAAAGACCCAAUGACAAAGAGGAGAUAAUAAAGUUGUUUCUGUUGAAA